AUGCACAAGGCUUCUUGGGAUAAUUUGGCUAGGGAUAAGGAGGAAGAGGGGCUGGUGCUUAGAGAUCUUAGUGAUUUUAAUGAAGCUUUGCUGGUUAAGGGUUUUUAUUCUUGGCUGUGGAGAUGUUGGUUAUGGGCUAGGAUGUCUUUGAACUUAAGGAGGUUGGAGUCUGAUAUUGUGAUGGAGGCUAGAGCUAAAUGGUUGGUGUUCAUUGAUCUUUAUGAUGCACUGAAUAUUUAUCAAGGGAGGUGGACAAUUAAGGCCAGAGUUACAUCAAAGGACGAGCUCAGGCACUAUAAUAAUCCUAGAGGUGAUGGCAAAGUUUUCUCUUUUGAUCUUCUUGAUUCUAAUGGAGGAGAAAUAAGAGUAACUUGCUUCAAUUCCGUAGCGGAUCAAUUUUAUGAUCAAAUUGAGCCUGGCAGAGUUUACAUGAUCUCAAGAGGCACGCUGAAACAUUCUCAGAAGGCUUUCAAUCACCUACAUAAUGAUCACGAAAUAAUGUUUGACAGUACCUCGACUGUGCAGCCAUGCUUUGAUGAUGAUAAUAUACUGAAUAUACUGAAAAUAUAA